AUGCCUGGUUAUGAUUUACAUAAUGUUGACAGCGUACUCGUAAACAUUGUAAUGUCGACAUCAUACAAGCUGUUAAAUAAAUUAUAUAUACGAGCGGGUGUCCGAACCGUAGACGUACAAGCCGUAGAAGGUAUGGUGGCACAGUUCCCCUGUGACCUCGGCACUGCAGCCAAUGAUAAAGUGUACAUGGUCUUCUGGUUCAGAGACGAUGCUGGGAUACCACUUUAUAGGUAA